AUGCACGCUUUCAAAGAUAAAGUCACACAGAAGCUAUCCAAUAUCUUUGCCAAUAAUUCACCUGCCUCCUCUUCCCCUCAGGCAAGUUCCUAUCCUGAAGAGGGUAAACCCGUGUCUUCGUAUUUAUCUUACAUUAUCCCGUCAAUCUACUUUGAUGGAUCAAACUCAAGCAAGAAUCAACAUGAUCAUAAAGCAACUCAUUCAUCUUCUGGAUAUAAUUAUGAGAAUUUUGAGUAUCAAGAUGUUCCUUCGGAUAAAUAUGUUGAUUGUGACCCCGAAUGUAACAGCACAGAUUUAGCGAAAGAUGAAAUCAUCAAUGAAGAUCGAACCUCUACAAGGAAUAGUAGUAGUUGUAGUUCCGAGGUUUUUGAAGAAGCAAAUGGGCAACCUCAAAAUAAUUUAAAGAAGUCUCCACUCAAUCUUUCAGACGACUCUACUUUUAUAUCUCCAGAGCUGCAUGAAUUUUUCGAAUCAUGCCUCCCGAAUAUUGUAAAAGGACGACAAUGGGUCUUACUUUAUAGUACGUUGAAACACGGAAUAUCGCUUCGUACACUUAUUCGCAAAAGCGCUGAACUUCCUGGCCCUGGUUUGCUGAUUGCUGGAGAUAAGCAAGGUGCUGUGUUUGGCGGGUUGCUAGAUUGCCCUUUGAAACCUUCAGCAAAGAGGAAAUAUCAAGGGACAAGCCAAACUUUUGUCUUUACAACUCUAUAUGGGGAGCCAAGGCUGUUUCGACCUACUGGUGCAAACCGAUACUACUACAUGUGUAUGAAGGACUUACUUGGACUUGGCGGUGGGGGUAGUUUUGCUUUAUGCUUAGAUGAAGAUUUGUUAAAUGGAACUAGUGGACCUUGUGAUACAUUUGGAAACAAAUGUCUAGCUCAUAGUCCAGAGUUUGAGUUGAAGAAUAUUGAGUUAUGGGGAUUUACACAUGCUAUGCAAGGAUAA